UGGUUGUUCUGUUUCGUUGCAUUAAAAUUAUAUUUGUUGUAAAGUAAAUGAAUGAAAUUCUUAAAAUGACUCUUUUGGAAAUGUAUUCUUCAGUUUUAUUGCAGUUAUAGUAAUGCAUUGUGCUCCUCAAAAGCUGAAAGGUUCCAAGAUUUCAUAAAACAACAAUGAAUGCCACCGAUAUAUUGUAUGUAUCUGGACGUACUAAAAGCGAAGACGAACUGGAGAUCACAAUAGAGACGCUUAUAACCCUAUUUGUUUAUCAUUACUGUGAUUUUCAAUUGGAGAUAAUUAUCAUAGACACCGAUGAUGAAUAUCUGCUAACGAUUUCCUUGCAUAGCUUACGGAACAUUUCCUUUCAUUUUAAAUCCAGAGAAGAUGCCUUAAAAAUGGGUUUUAGCUGUCAUUUACCUGCUAUUCACUCAAGCAAGGAAAACACUUUUGUUGCUGGUGUGUGUGCUGUUUUAAGAUGGGCAAUAAAAUCACAUUUGCAAUUUUAUCCUGAUCAUCAUUGCGGGUCAUUGCUGGGAUUUCGAGGUGGCUGUUUGGUUGCUUGUGCUGAAAGUUCGGCAUGGACUAAAUUUUGUGAGGUACAACUUCCAAACUCUGUACAAAAAGCAUCAUCAUGUUCCAAAAGUGGUCAUGUUUUGAAAAUUCCAGAAAACUUGCUCUUAUUGGAAGAACAUUUGAAAAGACCAGUUAGAACUCAUAACAUAUUGAAAAGAAAGUUGGACAUUGUGAGAAAGGUGAAAAAAGAUAAUGCAAGUAAAAGUGCAGAAAAUGGACCAUCAGUUGAGAUGACAGAAGAACAAAGUAGUUUUACUUUAUAUGGUAGUGACUCAGUAGCAGUAGAUGUUGAUGAUUUGUCAAAGAAAAUUGAAUCCAUUGUAAUUAAUGAGAAAAGUGAGGAAUUUUCUCUUAAUCAUUCUUAUUUGGAAGGGAUUGAUCUUACUCUUGCUGAUAUUAUAGUUUUCCCUUCUGGUUUAUCACUUAUUGCAUACGAAAAUGCUAUUAGUUUAUUUAUGAAAUGCACCAUUCUUUCGGUGGUGCUUCAAAGGGAUCAGUUAAUUUUUCUUAAAAUCCUGCAUCCUUUUGCAAGGAAACAUCUUCCAAGUGUUUUGAAAUGGUAUGAGAGACUAAAUAUGAAGGACAAUGUCAAAAAAGCAGUGGUGAAGUCCAAGUUCAAUGUGUUGCUUCUAAAUGAUCCUUGUGACAAUGACUCUACCAUCUCUAUCACAGUUCCAUCAAUUGAUAAGAAUAGUUUGUAUAAAAGAGAUCCGUCCAAUACAAAAAUGAAGUGCAAGCAUCAGAAUCCUGUAAAAAUUUUAGCUUUACUUCAGGAAGCAAAUAUCAAGCCCACAUAUAGCUUCAAUUAUUGUUCUCAUCUAAAUUGGAAAGACUUGCCUGCUGAUCUACAUCCUCUAAAUGGCGAUUUACCUGAAAAGCGUGUCAACAGAAAAUGUCAGCAAAUUGAAAGUAUAGUUACUGCAGUUUUGAAAGUUGCUAAGCAAGGUCAAAAAAUCGUUGAAUUUUGUGCUGGUGGAGGUCAUGUGGGAUUACUUCUUGCUUAUUUCCUGCCAUCCUGUCAAGUGAUUUUAAUAGAAAAUAAAGAAUCUUCUAUGAUGAGAGCAAAAAAUAGAGCUGAACAACUGAAUCUUAAAAAUGUGACAUUUUAUCAGUGCAACUUGGAUUAUUUCAAAGGAUCUUUCGAUGUCGGAUUGUGUUUGCAUGCCUGUGGAGUUGCUACAGACUUGGUUCUCCAGCAGUGCAUAAGAAAUAAAGCAUCUUUUGUAUGCUGUCCAUGCUGUUAUGGUGGAGUACAAAAUACACAUCUGCUUAGUUAUCCUCUGAGUAAAACAUUUUCUUCCUUAGGAUUUUCUUAUAAGGAAUAUAUGCUGUUGGCACAUUGUGCAGAUCGAAAUGAAAUUAAUACUCCUACUGCAGAACAAGGUGAAUUAUGUAUGGGACUGAUUGAUACUGACAGAGUGUAUUAUGCUGAAGAGCAUAAUUAUGAAGUGAAACUUACUAAACUGCAACCUGCUGAAUGUUCACCAAAGCAUAACUUAUUAAUUGGUUUGUCCCCCAUAAGUAUAUGAGUUGUAAAAAU